CAAAGCAGUUGGUAAUACUUAGGAGUUUGAAUUCCUUACGUCAAAUAUAUUUAUUUACCUUUUCUUCACUCUAAUUCCUUUAUCCCAUUUUUAUCUUUAACCAGAUACUGAUUUUUAUUUUGACACAAUCCAUUCUGUCUUCAAUCAUCAAGAUGAUAGGAUCGUUUCUAUCAAGAACCCUUAUAAUGAUAUUUGGGUAUGCUUAUCCUGCUUACGAAUGCUUUAAAGUGGUGGAGAAGACAGACAUUGACGUUCAGCAACUCUUGUUUUGGUGUCAAUACUGGAUUUUAGUUGCGACGCUCACAGUUUGUGAAAGAAUAUGCGACAACUUAAUUUCAUGGUUGCCAAUGUACAGUGAAGCAAAAUUGGCAGUAUUUAUAUAUCUCUGGCAUCAAAAAACAAGAGGAACAAUUUAUGUGUAUAAUGCGUUUUUCCGCCCGGUGGUGAGGAAACAUGAGACUGAAAUUGAUGAUAGCUUGUUGGAGCUAAGAGUUAAGGGUGGGAAGAUUGCACUUGUUUAUUGGGAAAAGGCUGCAAUUUAUGGGCAGACAAAGGUUUUUGAAGUUUUGCAGUAUGUUUCUUCUCAAUCUGCAUUAUGGCCUCGUUCUGUUCAGCAAGAAUCAAAUGCUACUACAAAUGAAAAACCUUUAGUUUGUGAUUCAAAUGCCCAGAAGGAUACCAAGGAAAGGCAGUCCACCACACUUAGCUUACAAUCCAAAGCCUCCUCAAGUGUAAAAUAAAGCAUUGUCAUCAUGCAUUAGGAAUGUAGUUCUUUGAGCAAGGUGUAAAUUGUAGAUACUAAAUAGCGGAUAUUUUUUCUUCUUGCAUGCCAAUCUCACAUAAUUUUACAAUUCUUAUUCAUAUUGUAUUUAUAUUAGGUCGAUGCCAAUACGU